UGAUCUUCGAUCGAUUGAGGCGUUUCUUCGGGUGGAGCUCAGCUCCGGAGCCCGUUCCAGCACAACCUCAAACCAAUACCUUUCAGCCACCAUUCGCUCCCGGAUUCCAUCCGUGGGGCUCCUUCUACGGGCAAAUGCCAUAUCCUGCGCAUCCGUCGACUCCUGGGAGUCUUCCUGGUCCCCAAAAUCAAUAUAUGCUGCCUCCCUCUUCGGCACCGGCUGUCUUCGCGUUUGGGACCUCAGCUGGUCAGCCGGGUAUUGCCCCUCAAAUAGUGCAUGGUGGAGCUGAUGGAUCCACCACUGCGGAACAAUCCAUCGGCGUUGGGGGAGGAUUCAGUACUGGAUAUCCGGCUCAAUAUCAUGCUCCCCCUUGGCCGAUGUAUCCACCCCCUCCAUUCAGCUACCCUCCCCAUCCGUUCCUGCCGCCAUAUCCUCCACAUCCGUUCCUGCCGCCGUAUCCUGCGUUCCCGUAUCCGGGCAUGUCUCCAUUUCCGAUGGCACCAGCUCUUACUCAAGCCUCCGCUCAAACGGGUGUUGCCGCCACUACAAGCUCGCGAAUCGAGACCCUCCCUGACAACGCUGCGAUCCCCUCCGUGCGCUUUCCAAAUGGCAACUUCAAGGUCGAUUUCCCGGUUAGAGAGAUGCCAGAGGAGUGGAGCGAUCAGGGAUGGGCUUGGAGGUCGUCGGGGAGCAGAAAAAACGAAGUGCCACACUAUGCGUACCAGUGCAAUAAACGGAGUUGUCUCGGUGUCCUAAUCUGUGUGUGUCGUGAUGGGAACGGAAAGCCCUCUCGCCCUAUUCGCCCGAAGAAAGACAACGCGUCUCGAGCCGCCCAGCAAAAUGAGCGAUGCAGGCACUGCAAGGCCAAUCUCAGUCUCAUGGAGUGCGACGCCACCUGGAUCACCUAUUAUUACGAAGAUGAUGACCAUGUUGAGCACGUUGUGGGACAACACUAUGGGGAUCACGAACAUCCGAGGCCUCCCACCACAAAACUCACUGCGGCUGAUGAACGCCAGCUCGAUACUCUUGUUCGCCACAAUCCUUCUCAAACAGCACAGCAACUUCGCGUCGCGGCAGAGCCCAACCAGACAUCAAUUGGAGAUAUCACCGCUGUCCUUUGAGAUCCUCGUAAAGCUCGUUUCGAGGUCGAGAAGAGCAGGGUUCGUAAUGGACUUGUGGUACCCGGGAAAGCCAGACAGAUUGGCUUUGAUCUACUGGACACUGUCUCUCAGUUCGAAGAGAUGUUUCCGACUUCGUUCAUCAUCAAAUCCGAGUUCAUCAACAGACAAUAUGUCGUCAUGCAGACACCUUUCAUGCGGGACGUCUUGCUGCGUGAUCAGAUCUAUUCCUGGACUGAAGAAACUCUGGAGAUUGAAACGGGGCGACACGGCAUUCCGACUGACGGAAGCCACGAUUUUUUCAAGCGGGGUGUUCUCAUUACCUCGCUGGUUUUCUCUGUGGUUCUCCUGCGCUGGGUCCCCAUCCUGUAUACAUGGAUCGGAAAAUUGGACUCUUUGGACAAUCACGAGCAAAGUUGCUUCUCCAUCGACGGUGGGACGGAGGGAAUCUAGUGGAAGGUCAACAAGGGUGUGCUCGGACUUGGCUGAACCAGAUGAUUCGGAUGGAGACGUCUUUAACCGUCCAAAGUCACUUUGGAUUAUCGUUCCGAGUGAAUCUGACCUGCGCAUCUGGGCCGCAACAUGAUAUCUCUCAGUUUGUGCACCCGAUCUCGGAAUUCGGUCUCAAUUUCGAUGAUAUGGUGAUUGCACAAUCUUUCGUUGACCCAGAAUACGGUGCCCCAACGAUUUCGAACUAUCUUGCGCAUUUCAUCCCUCGCGAUCUGAGCAGGGGCUCCACGCAUCCUCCCCUGCAUAAGAUGACCGCUGUGCCGUGUGGAGAGGAAACCGAAUGCACUGCUAUGGUUACCUCAAUUACCAUCGAAUUUCCGACACUCCUCCGUAUUGGCGCCACUCAACUCGAUCAGAUGAUGGACAAAAAUGGCCGGUGGACAUGGAAAGGUGUGGAAUGUGUUGCACCUCGAUUUUUGCACGAGUUCCAGAUUGGGGCUGUUGCCUAUAAAAUGGCCGCAAUGGUGAAAUACCAUCGACUUUCAAGGGAAGUCGGCCACUUUACAACUUUGGUGGUCAUGAACGAAGCGGUGUACAAUUAUGACGACACUGCCGAUGGCGGAAUCCUCCGCGAAUUCGGCAGACCUCCUGACAUAGAGCAGAUCGAUUCCAACACGGUCUACGCGCUCUAUGUCCGCACGACUGAUGAAUUCCGAUUUACACGGAGCUUGGAGGAUAUUGCACUUGACUUUUCUCGCAUUCCGUCCGAGAUCCCAGAUUAUAUUCGGGAUAGUCCAUCUCCUGCGACCAAACGAGCGGAUAUUCACAUUGCACGCACCAACACUGAUCCUCCACAACUCCAAACCUCGAUCACCCCUCACGUAUUCGAACCUAUGGACGAGGACGAGGAAUCGGUCAUAGAUCAACUCGAAGUUGAUGCGUUGGUUCACCGUCAGAGCUCGGAGCCGCUAGCAGAGUCGAGCGGAGAUAUCGAGAGGAUGAUUCUAGACACGCUGGAAUCCUCACCUGCGGAUGGAAGGGGCCAAGCACUUCCAUUUCCUGCUCCGAGUCCUCGACGACCAGUUCCUCCUCGCCUUCCCACAAUUACCACAUUGGAGACGCACGACUCCGCUCUGAAGGGCGACUCGGACUGGGAUUCUGACGAUCUUGAUGCUGGGCCUCGUCCCGAAGUCCCAAGCUCUCAAGGGAGCGAUAGCCUGAAUCACCUCCGAUGCGACGGCUGCGGUGAGGAGCUAGAGGAUGCAGACGACUCGGCGAAAGCAGAGGGAACCGACAUCGUUCAGUGCGGAGGAUCUUGCCGGACGUGGUCUCAUGUCGAGUGCCUCAAUAGUUCCAUUGACUGGACAGCUGAUCAAGUUCGUUUCUUGUGCAAGGAAUGUGAUGUUCCCCGUCCCGGCUCGAUUCUCGCGGUUGCAUUUCCUUCGAUCAACGAGCCUCUUGACGUGGCGAACAGAUAUUUCCCCGCAGUUCUAAUCCAACGGCACAUUGAUCGGCGGGGCCAGCGGGAAGAAUACGAAUUUUACUGGUCUCGCUACGUCGAUGGGAUCCCCGGUGCACCCGAUGCAAGCCAGACCUUCUACUUGCCGCGUCAAUCGGUUAUUUAUUACCAGAGGUUGCUUGGUAGCUUCCAUAUUCCUGAAAACAAGAUCGGACAAAUCCGCAUUCCUUUCUACCAUAAUCCCGCAUCCGAAGUCCACGAAGGUUCUGAAUUGUCCCGCAUCUUUUCUGGAGCUCUAGACGGUAUCGCGGAGGUGAUCCAUGAAUGGGACAUGGAUGUUCAUCCAGUGGUGAAAGCCUGGCAGGAAGUCAAGGAUGUCGCACGCAAGAAAAAGAAGAAGGCCGAUUCCCACUUAUGGAUCCGGGACACGCUGCGACUCAGAUUUACAGCGGAGUUGGACCAACUGGUUGGCGAUGCGCUGGCGGCACUUAUGCGUCACCCGACUCUCAGAGAUGUUGUCUAUACUCUGCGUCGUGACCGGAUCAACAGUGUGGGAUUCGUCCUGCUCCAUCUGCUUCACAUGCAGAGAGAAUUGGGCGAGCCGUUGGAUCUUGGAGGAUCUACGUUUGCUGACUUCAGCGCGGAUAUGAUCCAGUCAAGAUGGGGCGAAGUUGAUGAAGUGCAGGUUGUCCUGUUUGGCAUUAGGAAGAGCAGAGCAGAUCGCGCCUAUGGCGCUGACAUCGCAGCGUUCAGGCGGUCACACUCCAUCUACAGUGCUGACAUGAUCGAUCCGUUCUAUUAUCGUGUGGCGGGUUCUGCUAAUUUGGAAGCCGAGAAUCCUGUCCAUCCAAUUCCUGUGGUGCUGCCUCCCGGAGACGCGACGGACGAAGAACAGGUCGGGGAACAGAAACCGAGGCCAAGACCGAAGCCCAGAGCUCGGAAUGCGGCUGCACGCGCGCAGGACAACGAGACCGACUUGGGCGCUGGCGCAGAACAAGCGCGGCCAGCAAAAAGGGCGAAGAGAAUGCGCCAGGUGACGACAACUGUGACAACAGUGACGAAGAAAAAAGGGAGGGCGGGGCGUGGUACCAAAAGGAACUAAUUCGUUAUUUUGUUCAUUGACGCGUAGAAUGGCUAUAUUAGUCUAUCGAUCUUAUUCUGAAGCCACUGACGGCGACGAGGAAGAUUAAUUAGUGUGGGAAGCCUUACAUCACC